UUCUCUUCCAUUCCCUGUUAAAUACCUUCACUCUUUUGCCAGUGCCAGGUUUAUUUUGGGUUUCACUGUCGCCAAACUUCUGACAAACUCUCACAGAUUGAGGAUAAAAAUCGGCAAUACUCGGCGGUAGGAGCUUGAAACCCUGGGUUACACCUUGGUGCUCGCGAGGAUCGAAGAAAGCCUGCUGCAAAGCCGAACGAACAAAGCGCUUGCGUGCUCAGUUAUUAAAUUAUUCCCAGAAACUGACUCUGGACUUCAGACCAUGAGCGAACUGCUGAAGUCGACAUCAAACGAACUGCUUGUGGUCACCUCCACCUUGUACAACCUCCCUCACAAGGUCGACCCUGCCGAUCGGUCACAUUCUCCCGAGGAGUCGCCCAGUCCCACCCCGUCUGCCAAAUCCAGGAGUAAGAAGGAUCUGUCCGAGGACGAGCAGUUCCUUCUGAGGAAAAAGAUCAACAGCAGAGAGCGCAAGAGGAUGCACGACCUGAACGUGGCCAUGGACGCGCUCCGGGAAGUUAUGCCCUACGCUCACGGACCGUCGGUGAGGAAACUGUCCAAAAUCGCCACUCUCUUGCUGGCCAGGAACUACAUCCUGAUGCUCACCAGCUCCCUGGAAGAGAUGAAGAGGCUGAUCGGCGAGAUGUACGGCAGGAGCGGUUCUACCUCGCGGCUCGCCCAGCUGCCGGUGCUGACAGCCGGCGGCUCGCUGCUGCUGGGCGCCGCUCCUUCGCUCCUGACCCUGGGCAGCCCGCGGCACUCGUCGCCGACCAUGAAGUGCCCCUUGACUCCGGACGAUCAGGCUUGUUUCCAGCAGUGGCCCGGGUCUCCCUGCGCUUGCGCUGCCUGCAGGUUUCACUGCAUCCCCUCCAGUCUCAACCCCCCCAGUGUCCAGACGAGAUUCCCCAAAUGAUGCUGGAAAUCGCCAAACAUCGUACUCGGACCUUGUUGGACGUUAUUUCAAAUACUCUAAAACUGUACGAAUGAAUUAAAAAGACACGAAUGAAUGGACUAGAGUAAUGCUAUUUUCUCUACAUUGUAAGCACUAUUACCGAAUCUCAUUGUUUAUAUUAAUGCUUAGGGAUAGUAGGUGAACUAAGAUUGAUGUCAGGGCCGACGAUCCUUCUUGCUCUCGGACUAAUGAAAGGAAUAUGCAGAAAGUUUUUCAAUGUGUCUAAAUCACCGGUAGUCGUCACAGUUUGGGUAGUAAGCUAUUGCUUAGUAAGUACAUCAUUAUGAAUGAAAGAGUCAAACGGACUAUUCGUUUUAUAUAAUUUCUUUCUGGUUGCACGCUAAUUACGAUUUAACAAGGCGUUGAGCUUCAAUUAACAACUGUGGUGAUAUUUAUUGUAUAAAAAUAAGCAGUAUACCACUUCUUGUUUCAUACCAUCUCAUUAAUACAUCACAUUCGAAGAAAAUACGCAAGAAACUGAACUGUCGUCGAUUAGUGUUUUGUUGACAUAUGUUCUAAUCCAAUCACGUGCAUUAAAUGUACUGUACAGUUGUAAAUAUAUGUAAUAAAUG